AUGCUUUCUAGAAAUUUGCCACGCCUCUCAACAAUUGGAUUAAGACACUACGCCAAGCCUCCCAAGGGAAAAGUAUCUCAAUUUAUUGACGACAUUGGCAAUGAAAACACGAAGACCGCUCAGAACACUUUGAAGACCGUGAGGUGGAUGGGAGCUAUAACCAUAAUUGGUGUUUGUUGUUCCUUAUUUUGGGUCAGCUCUAUGACCGCUCCUGUCAAAGUCAAAGAGGUAGAGGUAGACGUUGGUGAUUUGUCCAAGGACAUACGGCACGAAAAGGAUUGA